GAGAGGAGGGGCGGAGGCGCCGGACAGAAAGUUCGCGUGCCGCGCCCCAGCGGGUCGCAGAGCCCCGGCAGCUUCAGGCGGGAGGGGCGCGGGAGGGGCAGCCCCAGCGGGCGCGCACAAGGAAGGUGCCUUCCGGAACACGCGCAAGGGCGGGGACUCGCGCUGCCAAUGAGGUCCCGGUGUGGGCCGAGCGAGGCUGGGGGACGGGCCCGAGCGCUGCCUCCGCGGUGGCAGCUGCGGGAGCCGGGCUCGGGAGCCGCCGCAGGAGCCGCCGCCGCCGCCACCGCCGAGCGCUCAGCCCGCCGCGCCCUGAGGCCCGGCCCCCCGGGGUGGGAACCGCGUCGGGAGCUGGAAACUUUCCUGGCAGGAGAGCUGACUGUCGGACACAAACAUACAGGAAAAGGACAGGAAAGAGAACUGUGACCUAAGGACCACCGUACCGCAUUCCCUCCGUGAACGAGAAGUUUCCAGAAGUAGAGACAGAAGAGUGUUGACAAUGUUGAAGGCUGUGCUGAAGAAGAGCCGAGAGGGAGGAAAGGGAAGCAAGAAGGAAACAGGUGGUGACUUUGGUUCAGAGACGCCUGCCUUGUCCUCCGGUCACAGCGGUGACUCUCCUGUGAGCGGUCUUCCUACAGCAGAAGACCCCUAUCGUGUGAGCUUGGCCAAAGGGGUUUCGAUGUCUCUGCCUUCAUCACCUCUGCUGCCUCGACAGUCUCACUUGACACAGUCAAGAUCAAUCAAGAAAUCCCCAGGUCCCGUCAGGAAGCCCAAGUAUGUGGAGAGCCCCAGGGUGCCUGGAGAUACAGUUAUGGUCCCGUUCAGAGAAGGGUCCAAGCCCUCAGAGCCCAGUGACCAUGAAGCCAAGGCCGAUAAUGAACCAAGCUGUUCUCCGGCGGCUCAAGAACUGUUGACAAGACUGGGAUUUUUACUGGGAGAAGGGAUCCCAAGUGCCACACACAUAACUAUUGAAGACAAAAAUGAAGCCAUGUGCACAGCCCUGAGCCAAGGCAUCAGCCCUUGCUCCACAUUGACAAGCAGCACUGCCUCUCCCAGCACUGAUAGCCCCUGCUCAACCUUGAAUAGCUGUGUCAGCAAGACGGCAGCCAACAAAAGUCCCUGUGAGACCAUUAGCAGCCCCAGUUCCACCCUGGAAAGCAAGGACAGUGGAAUAAUAGCCACAAUUACAAGUUCGUCGGAAAACGAUGACCGGAGUGGCUCCAGUUUGGAGUGGAAUAAAGAUGGAAGCCUAAGGGUAGGGGUUCAGAAGGGACUGCUUCAUGACCGAAGGGCAGACAACUGCUCCCCCGUGGCAGAAGAAGAGACCACUGGGUCAGCCGAGAGCGAGCUGCCCAAGGCGGAGCCCUCAGCUGGAGAUGGUCCGAUCCCUUAUUCCCAGAGCUCCAGCUCGCUAAUAAUGCCACGGCCCAACUCAGUUGCAGCCACAAGUUCUACCAAAUUGGAAGACCUGAGUUACUUAGAUGGGCAGAGAAAUGCUCCUCUCCGGACAUCCAUUAGAUUGCCCUGGCACAAUACGGCUGGAGGUAGGACACAGGAAGUUAAAGCCCGGUUUGCACCCUACAAGCCGCAGGACAUCUUGUUGAAGCCCCUGCUGUUUGAGGUGCCAAGCAUCACCACCGACUCUGUGUUUGUGGGAAGGGACUGGCUCUUUCACCAGAUAGAAGAAAGUUUGAGGAACACAGAUCUGGCAGAAAACAGAGGCGCUGUGGUCGUGGGGAAUGUGGGAUUUGGAAAGACAGCCAUCAUUUCCAAGUUGGUGGCUCUCAGCUGUCAUGGAAGCCGCAUGAGGCAGAUUGCAUCCAGCAGCCCCAGCUCAUCACCUAAAACAUCAGAUCCCACCCAGGACCUUCCUUUCACUCCGUUACUUUCACCAAGUUCUUCCACAAGUGCUCUCAGUGUGGCCAAAACGCCGGCUGGACCCGGCACUGCUGAAAACCAGAGACCGAGAGAGGAUGCAGUGAAAUAUCUCGCUUCUAAGGUAGUGGCCUACCAUUAUUGCCAGGCCGACAACACUUACACCUGCCUGGUGCCCGAGUUUGUGCACAGCAUCGCUGCGUUGCUCUGUCGGUCCCACCAGCUGGCUGCCUACAGAGACCUUCUGAUAAAGGAGCCCCAGCUGCAAAGCAUGCUGAGCCUCCGCUCCUGCGUGCAGGACCCCGUGGCUGCAUUCAAGAGGGGUGUGCUGGAGCCGCUCACAAGCCUAAGACACGAGCAGAAAAUUCCAGAAGAGGAGUACAUCAUUUUGAUAGAUGGCUUGAACGAAGCUGAGUUUCAUAAGCCUGAUUACGGAGAUACGCUGUCUUCGUUUAUUACGAAAAUUAUUCCCAAAUUCCCCACCUGGCUGAAGUUGAUCGUGACUGUGAGAGCAAAUUUUCAGGAAAUCAUCAGCGCGCUGCCGUUUGUCAAGCUUUCCUUAGACGACUUUCCAGACAACAAAGACAUUCACAGCGACCUGCACGCGUAUGUCCAGCACAGGGUCCACAGCAGCCAGGACAUCCUCAGCAACAUCUCCCUGAAUGGCAAGGCCGAUGCUGCCCUCAUCGGCAAAGUCAGCAGCCAUCUGGUGCUGCGGAGCCUCGGGUCCUACUUGUACCUCAAGCUCACGCUGGACCUCUUCCAGCGGGGACACCUGGUCAUAAAGAGUGCCAGCUACAAGGUGGUGCCUGUGUCUCUGUCCGAGCUCUAUUUGCUGCAGUGCAACAUGAAGUUCAUGACCCAGUCUGCCUUCGACAGAGCCCUUCCCAUUUUAAACGUGGCCCUCGCGUCCCUCCACCCCAUGACGGAUGAACAGAUCUUUCAGGCUAUCAACGCUGGCCACAUCCAAGGCGAGCAGGGCUGGGAGGACUUUCAGCAAAGGAUGGAGGCCCUCUCCUGCUUCCUCAUCAAGAGGAGAGACAAGACGCGGAUGUUCUACCACCCGUCCUUCAGGGAGUGGCUGGUGUGGAGAGCCGACGGUGAAAGCACAGCCUUCUUGUGUGAGCCCAGGAACGGACACGCUCUACUGGCGUUCAUGUUCUCUCGGCAGGAAAGCAAGCUGAACCGCCAGCAGACCAUGGAGCUCGGCCACCACAUCCUGAAGGCACACAUUUUCAAGGGCCUCAGUAAGAAGACUGGAGUCUCCUCGAGCCAUCUGCAGGCCUUGUGGAUUGGUUACAGCACAGAGGGACUGUCUGCUGCCCUGGCCUCGCUCAGGAACCUCUAUACUCCCAACGUGAAGGUGAGCCGGCUCCUGAUUUUGGGAGGCGCCAACGUGAACUACAGGACGGAAGUGUUAAAUAACGCCCCCAUCCUGUGCGUCCAGUCUCACCUUGGCCAUGAGGAGGUUGUGACCCUGCUUCUGGAAUUUGGCGCCUGCCUGGAUGGGAUGUCGGAGAAUGGCAUGAAUGCACUCUGCUACGCAGCUGCCGCGGGCCACAUGAAGCUGGUGUGUCUGCUGAUCAAGAAGGGGGCAAGGGUAGACCACUUGGAUAAGAAGGGUCAGUGUGCACUCGUUCACAGCGCGCUGCGGGGCCACAGUGACAUUCUCCAGUACCUCCUGAAUUGUGAGUGGUCUGCAGGUCCUCCCCAGCCUGGCACACUAAGGAAGAGCCAAGCCCUACAGCAGGCACUGACGGCAGCCGCCAGCAUGGGCCACAGCUCGGUAGUCCAGUGUUUGCUGGGAAUGGCAGAAGAACAUGAAAUCGAAGUCAAUGGCACCGACACAUUGUGGGGAGAAACAGCCCUGACUGCUGCUGCCGGGAGAGGGAAGCUGGAGGCCUGUGAGCUGCUGCUGGAGCAUGGAGCUGCUGUGUCUCGGACCAACAGGAGAGGGGUCCCCCCUCUGUUCUGUGCAGCCCGCCAGGGGCAUUGGCAGAUUGUCAGAUUGCUAUUGGAACAUGGCUGCGACGUGAACCUGAGUGACAAGCAGGGUCGCACACCUCUUAUGGUGGCUGCCUGUGAAGGACACCUGAGCACCGUGGAGUUCCUUCUUUCAAAGGGUGCUGCCCUUUCUUCCCUGGACAAAGAGGGCCUGUCCGCGUUGAGCUGGGCAUGUCUGAAGGGUCACAGGGCCGUGGUCCAGUACCUGGUUGAAGAAGGAGCAGAGAUAGAUCAGACAGACAAAAACGGCCGCACGCCCUUGGACCUGGCUGCCUUCUAUGGUGAUGCGGAGACGGUGCUGUAUCUGGUGGAGAAGGGAGCAGUGAUUGAGCAUGUGGACCACAGCGGGAUGCGCCCCCUGGACAGAGCCAUUGGUUGUCGGAACACUGCUGUGGUGGUUACCCUGCUUAGAAAAGGAGCCAAACUAGGAAAUGCCGCUUGGGCGAUGGCCACGUCCAAACCUGAUAUUUUGAUUAUACUUUUACAGAAAUUGAUGGAGGAAGGAAAUGUGAUGUACAAGAAAGGGAAGAUGAAGGAGGCGGCCCAGAGGUACCAGUACGCCUUAAGGAAGUUUCCUCGGGAAGGAUUCGGGGAAGACAUGAGGCCCUUCAAUGAGCUCAGAGUCUCCCUCUAUCUCAAUCUGUCGCGAUGCCGGAGGAAAACAAACGACUUUGGCUUGGCAGAAGAAUUUGCUUCAAAGGCCCUGGAAUUGAAACCCAAGUCCUAUGAAGCCUUUUAUGCCCGGGCAAGAGCCAAAAGGAAUAGCAGACAGUUCCUGGCAGCUCUGGCUGACUUGCAGGAGGCUGUGAAACUCUGUCCCACCAAUCAGGAAAUCAAGAGGCUUUUGGCCCGGGUGGAAGAAGAGUGCAAGCAACUCCAGAGGAACCAGCAGCAAAAACAGCAGGGUCCCCUGCCAGCCCCCUCCAAUGACUCGGACAAUGAAGAAGAUGCACCAGCCUCUAGUUUAAAGAACCCCUUCCCCAUUGAGGAGGCGGAAGAGGAAGAAUCCUCAUCACAGGAAGAAUCCAUUUCCCCAACUCCCAGAUCCCAGCCCCCAUCAUCUGUCCCCUCCCCAUAUAUCCGAAACCUUCAAGAGGGAUUACAGUCCAAAGGCAGGCCAGUGUCACCACAGAGCCGGGCAGGAACCAGCAAGUCCCUGAGAGAGACUGUAGCCCAGCCAGGCUUGGUUAUGCAGCCUACCAAACAGGCACAGAUAGUGAAGACCAACCAACAUCUUGGUUCUGGGCAGUCUAGCAUGAGAAACAGUAGCGCAAAACUACAGGCGUCUUCCCAGAACCCUCCCCCAAGUCCGAUGCCUGGUAGAAUAUCGGUAGCCUCUGCCGCCAGCAGAAACCAGCAUUUAGAGGGACCGGGUCCCUUCCCUGCAGGAACUGGGUGUGGCCACUUUGGGGAUCGACUGGGCCCCAGCCAGAAUCUCCAGCUGCAGCGCAGCGAGAGCGGUGCCGCUUAUCCUCUACCAAGCAAAGUCAAAGCUGCGGAGCGGCUCCUGGCUCACGCCUCCAUGACCGUGGACGUGGCUCCUCCAAGCCAGGGCGGGCCAGUGAGUGGCAGCGACGCGCGGCACCCAGCUUCCCUCACUAGCUCCGGCUCUUCUGGCUCCCCAUCCAGCAGCAUAAAGAUGUCAAGUUCAACCAGUAGUUUGACCUCCAGCAGUAGUUUCUCAGACGGGUUCAAGGUCCAAGGACCAGACUCGCGAAUCAAAGACAAAGGUACCAGCCAGGCGCAGGGUGGCACCACUGAACACAGGCCCCGCAAUACUCCAUUCAUGGGCAUCAUGGACAAGACUGCCAGGUUUCAGCAACAGAGCAAUCCUCCCAGUCGCUCCUGGCACUGCCAGGUGCCAGAGGGGCUACUGACAAACACAGCCACUGCAGCUGGCCUGCAGUCUAGCUCCGAUAAGCCCGCUCUCAAGCCAGGCGGGUAUUGUAGCCAAGCCAAACCCUGUUCGGUUUCCCCGCUGAGCACGAGCGUCCACAACGGGGCACAGGUGAAGGAGCUGGAGGAGAGCAAGUGCCAGAUUCCAGCCCUCUGCCAAGACAGCAGGAAAACUAAGGGUGUUCCUCAUCUAUAUCAGGAGAACAUCUCGAAGCAGCCGCCACCCCAUGUCAGUACGGAAGCCCACAGGAGCCACCUCACUUCUGCGAAACCAAAGCGAUCAUUCAUAGAGUCAAAUGUGUGAGCCUUAAGCAACCCCUGUGUAGUAUUCGGAGUGCAGUCUGUUGGCUCGUGGUAGCGAAUAAUGUCUUUUUUUUUCCAUAAUAAAAAUUACAUUUUAGCCAUAUUUUCCACCUCUUGGGUGGAUCUGAUGCCAUUGACAUAUUAAAAAUGUAGAAUAAAACUAUAGCAAGUAGCUAGAAAUCACCUACAAACAGAAUACUAAACAGAAUUGAAAACUACAGUCAGCUUCUGUCAAAUUUAAAGGCUGCCAAGAAGACAUCAACUAAUGCUGUUCUCUUAGGAGAUGAUUUGGUUUGCUAUAUAUAAAAGCACAUCUACUUAGAGAAGAAAAAAAAAUCCAUUGGUAAAAGAUUGUAAUUCCUGAUGUACUAUCUGGAAGUGUAUCCUGGGGAAGACUGGGGAAUGUUGAAGUUCCAGACCCCUUAGUCACCCCAGUUCUUACGUAUGUAUAAAAACUGCAACCCGUGUGGCUUCUGGCUGGAUAGAAUGGUGACUGUAAACAGCAGGGUUUUGUCUGUCGGGGAAAUAUGAGCACACCCAGGUGUCGUUCCCGUCAUGGCAGUUACUCAGAAGGGGUCAAAUGCGUAUUUCCAGGUUACGGCCUUUUUGCAGAGUAUUUUUGUAGCCCCCUUUUAGGAACUAUGCUCACGCCGCACGGUGUCGCCGAUAGAAGGGAAAAGGCUGUCUAGAACUUUCGUGAGCAGGUCGGAUACUUUGUGCAAAAGUACGAAGACAAGCUCUCUUGGUAGUGCCUACAAACCAGCUCUAGCUGGUUCCAAAAGUGCUCCGGACAGUGACGAGAGUCCCUGCGUCGAGCCUCUGGUGUCCUGUUUAAACAGGAUCCUUGAGGUCUGGGUGGCUGUUUUGUUUUCAUUACUCACUCAUUAUCUCGUGGUCACAUGUUGUAUAUAUAAAUAGCUAGCCCACUUUUAUCCAGACUUGUAAAUAUGACUCAAAAGAAGUUAAUCUAUAAACAGCAAAACCCCACCAUCUAUCUGCAUGUUCUCUGUAAGCUUCCUCCGUGCUGGGGAUUGCACUGGACCAUGCGAUCUCAUGGCAUGUUAACCGUAUACCCGUAACGGCACUUUAUCUCAUCGUCUGAGCACCUCCGAGGUGCUAACGUCCACGCUGGUGUAGUAUUCAUCUGUAAAGAUAAGGUACAGGGAUGAGCCUUGUUUUAAGGUAUUUUUAUAUGAAAACGGUGUUAUUGGAGGAUGUCCAAAUGCUGGUUUGAGAGAGGUGGGGGAAGUAUUUUAUACAUUGAGAUGUGAAAUGUAUUUUCUAGAACUGGGGAGAAGGAAGUUCUAUAUUUGCAGAAUGUUUUAAAAAUGAGUAGCCCUGAUGUUUCCUGUGAGCAUCACUAAGGUUUUGUACGAGUAGGGACCUUGCGGUGUCAUUUGGCAUUUGUUCCUGUGUGUGUAGCGUGUUGUGUACAAAGAGCUAGGCCGUUUGUACGAGCUUCCUCUGAGUUCUGCUCUAAUUACUCUGGCUAUUUAUUGUUUUCUUUAAUAUUUGUGAACGUCUUUCCUUUUGUUAUGUAGUUUUGUUUCUGCACAACUACUGUACUUUUCCAUAUGGAAUAAAAACCAUUACUACGGUG